CCGUGAUAACCACGAGUCUGCGGAAGCGGAGACCGGUGGGCAGGCGGCUGAGACAGGGGACUAAAAGUUGUGGAACCAUAAUUUGUGACACCAGGUGGUUUUUGAUAAGCAGCCAUUUAUGAUUUCAGAAGAUUAAGGCAGAUGGGAAGCCCCUUCUGAGAUUUUAACAAAGCUCUUGAACAACAACCUACACCAUGGACAUAAAGCUGGACCCUUCCCAAGAUGACCUGCCUCUCAUGGCCAAUACCAGCCACACACUUGUGAAGCACUAUGUACUGGAUUUAGAUGUGGAUUUCAAAAGUCAAAUCAUUGAGGGCACCAUUGUGCUUUUCUUUGAGUCUGGAAGCAGAUUCAAGAAACAGAGUAGUUCCACCGAGGAAACCUGCCAAUCAGAGUCAGAUGAAGCCUGCAAGUUUAGGAUGCCUGAAGCCUGCCAUAUUCCUGUGACAAAUACAAGGACCUUCUCAUCUAAAAUGGGAUAUAAUGAUUUUACAGUCUGUGGCAAAGGUGAAAAAGAUACUUCUGGUAAAGAUGGUAACCAUGACAACCGGGAACAGGCUUCUGGGAUUUCUAGCUCAAAGUACUGCUGUGACACAGGGAAUCAUGAGAGUGAGGAUUUUUUGCUAGUGUUGGACUGCUGUGAUUUAUCUGUGUUAAAGGUUGAGGAGGUGGAUGUUGCUGCUGUGCCAGGUAUUGAAAAAUUUACAAAGUCUCCCAAGCUCACGGUUGUUUCUGAGGAGCUCAGGAAUCAGAUUAUACAUGAACUUGUGACUCUGCCUGCGGAUCGUUGGAGGGAGCAGUUAGACUAUUAUGCUCGCUGCAGCCAGGCUCCUGGCUGUGGGGAACUCCUGUUUGACACUGACACUUGGAGCUUACAGAUCAGGAAGACAGGGGCUCAGACAGCUACUGACUUUCCUCACGCCAUAAGGAUACGGUACAGAACCAAACCCCAGGGGCGAUCAGUUACAUGGACCUCAGACCAGAGUGGCAGGCCAUGUGUUUAUACUAUGGGAUCUCCCAUAAACAACAGGGCCCUUUUUCCAUGCCAGGAGCCACCCGUUGCCAUGUCAACAUGGCAGGCUACAGUGCGAGCAGCUGCAUGUUUUGUUGUUUUAAUGAGUGGGGAAAAUUCUGCCAAGCCAACACAGCUUCAGGAAGGGUGCUCAAGCUGGCAUUACUACGUUACCAUGCCAAUGCCAGCCUCUACCGUCACCAUUGCAGUGGGAUCCUGGACAGAAAUGAAGCCAGAGACCUGCUCAUCACAUGAUCUGGCAACAGAGAGAUCCUUCUCACCUUCUGAGGCCGACUUCAGGUAUGUUGGCGUUUGUGGUCACAUGGAAUAUCCCUGCCGCUUCCAGAAUGCUUCUGCCACCACUCAGGAGAUCAUUCCUCAUCGGGUUUUUGCCCCAGUGUGCCUUAGGGGUGCCUGCCAAGAGACCCUUCUGCGGCUGAUCCCUUCUUGCCUCUCAGCAGCACACUCUGUCCUGGGAACACACCCGUUCUCCAGGCUGGAUGUACUCAUUGUCCCUGCCAACUUUCCAAGUCUGGGGAUGGCCAGCCCACACAUCAUCUUCCUCUCUCAGAGCACCCUGACAGGAAUGAGCCAUCUCUGUGGGACCCGUCUCUGCCAUGAAAUUGCUCACGCCUGGUUUGGCCUAGCUAUUGGGGCCCGUGAUUGGACGGAGGAGUGGCUGAGUGAAGGGUUCGCCACUCACUUGGAAGAUGUAUUCUGGGCCAGAGCCCAGCAGCUGGCCCCUCACAAGGCCCAGGAGCAGCAGGAGCUGAGGGCUUGCCUGCGCUGGCAUCGCCUCCAGGACGAAGUACGGAACUCCCCUGAGGAGAUGCAGGUGUUGAGACCCAACAAAGAGAAAACUGGCCACGUAAGUGACUCGGGAUCAUCUGUCAUCAAACACGGGCUCAAUCCAGAGAAGGUCUUCAUGCAGGUUCAUUAUUUAAAGGGCUAUUUCCUUCUCCGGUUCCUUGCCAAAAGACUUGGAGAUGACGCCUAUUUUUCAUUUUUAAGAAAAUUUGUACACACGUUUCAUGGGCAGUUGAUUCUUUCCCAGGAUUUCCUUCAAAUGCUGUUGGAGAACAUCCCAGAAGAAAAACGGCUUGACUUGUCUGUUGAAAACAUCUUCCGAGACUGGCUUGAGAGUUCUGGAAUACCACAGCCUCUUGAGAGAGAGAGAAAUGUGGGAAGGAAGGGAGGAUUGGCAAUAGAUGUUAGCGCAGAGCCGGUCGCGAAAUGGAUUCGAGUGAACCGGAGACCCCGAAAACGAAAACGAAGGGAGACCGAAGAAGUGUUUGAGAAGCUUCUUCCAGACCAGCUGGUCUUGCUUCUGGAAUGUCUCUUGGAGCGGAAGACCCUGAACCCCCGAACUCUGCAGAGCCUUGAGAGGACGUACCACCUCCCUGAGCAGGAUGCAGAGGUUCGCCAUCGGUGGUGUGAACUCAUUGUUAAGCACAGAUACACAAAAGCUUACAAAGAUGUGGAGAGAUUCCUUCAGGAGGAUCAGGCCAUGGGCAUAUACCUUUACGGGGAGCUGAUGCUGAGUGAGGACGCUGGGCAGCAGCAGGUCGCCCGCAGGUGCUUCAAGCUGACCAGGGAGCAGAUGGAUAGAUCCUCAGCAGAGGUGGUGGCCGAGAUGUUAUUUUAAAAAGGAAAGAUCACAGCGAGAUUCUUUCUCAUGCGUCUCCUCCUAGCCCUGGUGGGAGCAGAAUCCAUUGACCCUGGACAUCAAAGGAAGGAUUACGGGGCUGCUAAAGCCAUCAGCCGACAGCAGGGUCCACGUUCUUGAUGCUUCUCUUUCUAG